GAGACGACCCACCAUUCUUUCUGCCCACCUAACCCUAGCUCAAAAAAAACGAGCGAAAUCCCAAAGAACAAAUCCAAGGAAAAAGAGUCGCAGGGAUGCGGAGGCUAUGGCGAUGGUACCAGCAGUCCCUGUCCUCCUACCCCGUGCGGACGCAGGUCGUCAGCUCCGGCAUCCUCUGGGCCCUCGGCGACAUCGGCGCGCAGGCCGUCACCCACAAAUCCGCCAGCUCCCACCACCACCACGCCAACAACCCCGAGGAUAAAGAUAAAGAGUUCAAAAUUGAUUGGAAGAGGGUCGGCAUCACAAGUUCAUUUGGAUUUGCUUUUGUUGGACCUGUGGGACAUUACUGGUAUGAUUACUUGGAUUGUUUGGUCCGACGAAGAUACCAGCCUGGUUCGUUCAAAUUUGUAGCCUCAAAGGUUGCAGCAGAUGGUCUCCUCUUCGGACCGCUAGAUCUGGGGCUGUUCUUCUCUUAUGUGGGCCUUGCUUCAGGAAGGAGUCUGGAGCAGGUGAAGGAAGAUGUGAAGAGGGAUAUCAUUCCUGCUCUAGUUUUAGGGGGAGCCAUCUGGCCGGCUGUGCAGAUCGCAAACUUCCGCUUCAUUCCCGUGCGAUAUCAACUGCUUUACGUGAACUUGUUCUGCCUGUUAGACAGUUGUUUCUUGUCUUGGAUCGAGCAGCAAGGAGAUGCGGCUUGGAAGCAAUGGUUCCCAUCGUUCCAGAAGAAAAUUGAAGACCAGAAGAGCAACGCCUGAUCUGAAUCAUGAUUGAAGAAGACGCUUGACCAGAAGUUAGCUUCCGUCAUUUUGACUGAUAUAUCCAGGAAGUAUAUCAGUUGCUGCCAGCAGGCAUCAUCUGUUUAUGUGGAGUUCUGGUGGCCAGCGAUACUGGGCAUCACUGUCAUGUGGAGAUGAUCAUUCUUUUUUCCACAACUUCGAUGAGAAGGCAAUGCUCUCGUUUAACUUUUUGUUUCGUAAUCGAGCAUUUGUUCAUGCUGUUUGUUUAACCUGCAGAGCACGUAUUUUUUAACGAGUAUUCACUGUAUUCCUUGUGUUGUUGUGGGGAACAUGAUCUUCAUAAGUAUGGAAUGGUGCCGAAAACUUUCUACUGUUA